AUGGGUCGCGAAGAACAGAUCGAAGAGCGCGAAGUCCUAGACUCAAUCUUCCCCGAAGAGAUCACAGACGUAUCCGACACCUCGUACCGGAUAUCGAUCACCUUAGAUCCUCCGGAGAAUGACGUCGAAGAGACCGAACAGCCCGUGUUAAUCCUCCAAGUUACAUACCCGGCCGACUACCCGGAUGUGGCGCCCGAUCUUGACCUGUCCGCUCCUCCCAACGCGCCGAAGCAUCCCAGACUAGAUGUUCAGGAGGACCGUGAACGACUCCUCGAGGCGCUCCAGCCCACUAUCGAGGAGAACAUGGGGAUGGCAAUGGUGUUCACCCUUGUGAGCACACUAAAGGAAAGCGCAGAGCUUCUGAUGGCCGAGCGGGUCAAUGCCGUCCACGCCCUGAAGGAGAUGGAAGCCGCAAAGGCGGAGGAAGAAGAGAACCGCAAGUUCCAGGGUACUGCUGUCACCCGGGAGACGUUCCUGGAAUGGCUGGCAAAGUUUAAGCAGGAGAUGGAGGAUGAGGAGAGAAGGCAGCGCGAAGAGAAAGAGGCGGAGGAGAAGAAGGCUAGGGGUAAGGGACCGGCCAAGGAAGAGAAGAAGCUUACGGGCAAGGAACUAUGGGAAAGAGGUCUCGCUGGAAAGGGAGACUAUGACGAAGAUUACGAAGAUGCUAUGCCUCCUGUGGAGAAGAUGAAAAUAGCUGCAUAG